AUCAAAUAGCUAUGUAUUCAAAUGUUCAAAACGACGUUCUAUUUGCAGAAUACGGUGAUGAAUAUAACCCCUGGGCCGAUAUAAGAGUUGAGGAAUACCAACAAAUGUAUAUCCCAGACGAUCUUAUAAUGGUUAAGAAAAAUCACACGAAUAGUGUUCAAGAUGGUCUUUUAAUCACUGAGGAAAAUGAUGUACAUAUCACUCAUGACAAUUUGGAUAACCUAAUAAAUGUUGAGGAAGAUUACUUAGCUACCACUUACAAUAAUUUUAUAAAUACUGAGGAAGAUCACUUAGAUACCGCUUACAAUAAUUUUAUAAAUACUGAGGAAGAUUACCUAGUUACCACUUACGAGGAUCCUAUAAAUGUUGAGGAAGAUAAUUUCGCUAACACUAAUAAUAAUUUUAUUGAGGAAGAUUACCUAGCUAUCACUCACGAUGCUCCUAUAAAUAUUGAGAAAAAUGAUUUAGCUAUCGCUUACAAUGAUUUUAUAAAUACUGAGGAAGAUUACGUAAAUAUUGAGGAAAAUACUAUUCAAAAU